AUGGCACCCUACUUGGUUCCCCCGGACUACCUGCUGGACGACAUAGGAAUAAUUCUGGAGCAAGGAUCAAAUCUAGGUUGCUCCUUGAACUCUUCCAAGUGUGAAAUAACCUCCACCAACGAGCACAUUAUAGAUCGAGUAAAAGGGGGUGAGUGGAGUGAUGUGGUCCCACCAACUUUCCUCAAGUUUGUCUGCUUAGUUCGACCAAGUUCCAGGCAGCGACGCGCCAACACCAGCGACGCGCCAACACCAGCAACACGCCAACACCAGCGACGCGCCAACCCCGGCGACUCGCCAACCCCGGCGACGCGCCAACCCCGGCGACUCGCCCACCCCGGCGACUCGCCAACCCCGGCGACUCGCCAACCUCGGCGACUCGCCAACCCCGGCGACGCGCCCACCCCGGCGACUCGCCAACAUCGGCGACUCGCCAACCCCGGCGACGCGCCAACCCCGGCGACUCGCCAACCCCGGCGACUCGCCAACCCCAGCGACGCGCCAACACCGGCGACGCGCCAACACCGGCGACGCGCCAACACCGGCGACGCGCCAACACCAGCGACGCGCCAACACGAGCAACACGCCAACCCCAGCGACGCGCCAACACCAGCGACGCGCCAACACCAGCAACACGCCAACACCGGCGACGCGCCAACACCAGCGACGCGCCAACACCAGCGACGCGCCAACACCAGCGACGCGCCAACACCAGCGACGCGCCAAAACCAGCAACACGCCAACACCAGCGACGCGCCAACACCGGCGACGCGCCAACACCAGCGACUCGCCAACCCCGGCGACGCGCCAACCCCGGCGACUCGCCAACCCCGGCGACUCGCCAACCCCAGCGACGCGCCAACACCGGCGACGAGCCAACACCGGCGACGCGCCAACACCGGCGACGCGCCAACACCAGCGACGCGCCAACACGAGCAACACGCCAACCCCAGCGACGCGCCAACACCAGCGACGCGCCAACACCAGCAACACGCCAACACCGGCGACGCGCCAACACCGGCGACGCGCCAACCCCAGCGACGCGCCAACACCAGCGACGCGCCAACACCAGCGACGCGCCAAAACCAGCAACACGCCAACACCAGCGACGCGCCAACACCGGCGACGCGCCAACACCAGCGACGCGCCAACACGAGCAACACGCCAACCCCAGCGACGCGCCAACACCAGCGACGCGCCAACACCGGCGACGCGCCAACACCGGCGACGCGCCAACACCAGCGACGCGCCAACACCACCGAACGUGAAAAUGGACAAUUAGACUAUGUAACAGCCAAGUGGUCAUUAGAGACAGCAGUUACCAGACUCUCAAUAUUUACCAACUACCCCUCAAUUGUCCGCAGCGACAAGCUUCUUCAAAAUGACUUGAGAGGGGGACUUCAAACUUCACUGACUUCAAAAUGGGGAGGCGAUCUGGGUGACCUUGGAUGCCCAGGACCCAGCAUCAGGUCGAAGGUCAUCGUCACUUAG